AUGUGGAAAACAAAAACACUAGAAUCCAUGCUUUGUAGCCCAAUGAAAUGUUCAUCGCCCAACAUAGGAGGAUCAUAUGCACAAUCGUCGAAGGAAAUCUCGAACACGGCCAAAGGGGAUGUGCAUCUUCCACCCUGUUCGUCGAUUAUGCACGCUCCACUUACUCCUGAAAUAAACCAGGCCACAUUACCGCCUCCCGCUUACCAUUACGCACCUUCUUCUCUGCACCAGACAGAAGAUCCCGUAUGGAGGUCGAGUCCCAACUCCGUUGUCUUUUCGCCGGUUAUAGCAACACCGCAACCUUUUCCUCUAACAUUCAUAGAACGUCAAUCUUGUUGCCCCAUCUAUUCGACCACAACUUCCUCUUAUACUGCCCAAUCUGUACCUCCACGUAUGCAGCAUUUUCAGGAGGAAAAUCAGAGGGCGACGAGCAACGAACAAUACUCUCUCCCGAAUGUGCAUACAGGGCAAAACCCUGGGACGCUAUUAUCCCAAACACAAACCGACUUGGAUCUCAUACAAAAACAACUGCGUGCUGUGGUAAAGCUACGGAAACAGUGCCCUAUCUGUGGAAAGGUUUGUUCGAGACCUUCAACACUGAGGACCCACUAUUUAAUACAUACGGGAGACACGCCUUUCAAGUGUACUUGGGAACAUUGCAACAAAUCUUUCAAUGUCAAAAGUAACAUGUUAAGGCAUUUAAGAACGCAUCAAAAGAAAAUAGCAAAGAAAAAACAUCAGUGA